AUGGUCGAGGCGUCUCGCGGUUACCGAGGCGGGCCUUCGAAACAUAAGCUGCAUUACAUAAAGGAAGUAGAAAUUAGAACCACCCUUAAAGAGUUGUUACUCUACUUAAUUUUUCUAAUAAACCAGUGUAUAUUGACUUUUGGGAUGGUAAAUCCACAUAUGUAUUACUUUAACAAAGUUAUAUCAUCUCUGUUUUUGAGUUCUGUACCUGGUGAUGACAGAACCAACUUUAAGUCUAUUCACAGCAUAACUGAUUUUUGGAAGUUUAUGGAAGGACCCCUUUUGGAAGGUUUGUACUGGGAUUCAUGGUACAAUAACCAAAAGCUGUAUAAUUUAAAAAACAGCAGUCGCAUCUACUAUGAGAACAUUCUUCUUGGAGUCCCCAGAGUUCGGCAACUAAAAGUUUGCAAUAAUACAUGCACGGUCUGUUCAUCCUUUCAGUCUUUGAUGAGUGAAUGUUAUGGCAAGUAUACUUCUGAAAAUGAAGACUUGUCUGAUUUUGGCAUCAAAAGUGGUACUAAAUGGAAGUACUCUAACACCAACUCACCUUGGCACUGGGGAUUCGUUGGUGCUUACCAAAAUGGGGGAUACAUUUUCACCUUAUCAAAAUCAAAACCUGAAACCAAAAACAAGUUUAUUGACCUUCGACUGAACAGCUGGAUCACAAGAGGGACCAGGGUUAUUUUUAUUGACUUUUCAUUAUACAAUGCUAAUGUAAAUCUGUUUUGCAUUGUUAGAUUGGUAGCAGAAUUCCCUGCAACUGGAGGAAUACUUACUUCAUGGCAGUUUAACUCUCUGAAACUCCUCAGAUAUGUUAGUUACUAUGAUUAUUUUAUUGCUUCCUGUGAAAUCACAUUUUGUAUUUUUCUUGUUGUCUUCACAAUACAAGAACUCAAAAAAGUAAAAGAAUUUAAGUUCGCCUAUUUCAAAAGUAUUUGGAACUGGUUAGAAUUACUACUUCUGCUGUUGUGUUUUGUGACUGUUUUCUUCUACACAUACUGUAAUAUACAAAAUUUUCUCCUACUUGGACAGCUGUUAAAAAGUACUGAAAAAUAUUCAGACUUCUAUUUUCUUGCAUACUGGCACAUUUAUUACAAUAAUAUAAUUGCUAUUACUAUCUUCUUUGCAUGGAUAAAGAUAUUCAAAUUCAUAAGCUUUAAUAAGACAGUGUCUCAGCUGUCAUCAACCUUGUCCUGCUGUAUCAAAGACAUAAUAGAAUUUGCCAUCAUGUUUUUUAUAAUAUUCUUUGCUUAUGCCCAGUUAGGAUUUCUUGUUUUUGGAUCGCAAGUUGAUGACUUUUCCACUUUUCAAAAUGCCAUAUUUGCACAAUUUCAAAUUGUUCUUGGAGAUUUUAAUUUUGCUGGUAUUCACCAAGCCAGUUGGAACUUGGGACCCAUUUACUUCAUCACUUUUACCUUUUUUGUGUUCUUUGUCUUGCUGAACAUGUUCUUGACAAUAAUUAACAAUACCUAUUCUGAAGUGAAAGCUGAUUAUGCAAUAAGAAAAAGGCCAGAUUUUGAAAUUGGUAAAAUGAUUAAGAUGACUUGCCAUAAUACUCUUGAGAAACUCAAACUGAAGAAAACUAAAAAAGACAAGAAAAUCAAAAGCAACAGACAUUUGGUUGAACAAACCAGAAGAGGAGGCUUUGAUGAAAAUCAAAUCCAGAGAUUCAAAGAGCUGAAAAAAUGGAAAGAAAAGCUUGAGAGAAAGUAUUAUUCUACAGAAAUGCAAGAUGACUACCAGCCUGUCACUCAACAAGAAUUUUGCAGGUAAGCGUUUAUUGUAACCAGCAUACUGAAACACCGUGAAACAGGGAUUGAGGAUACCUGUUAUACAUUAUUUAUUGAACCUAGACCCUUACUAUGUUGAGAUGUCAUUUCUUUUUUUGUUCCACUUUCUAUCUAAAAUUAAACCACAUUGCUCCAUUUGCUU